AGACCACAACUUCAGUUAAACCCCACUACUGCAAAAUCCUCAACCCCGCGAAGCUCUGCGGUGGCCAAAAAUGGCGGACAAGGUUGCUCUUCCCCUCCUCCUCCCCAAUCCGCCGCCCUCCAAGCCCCUCUUCCCUGUCUUCCACCACCAGCCCGCUUCACACUCUUCUCCGCCGCCGCCGUCGCUCUCUUCUUCUUCUUCAUCAUCAUCAUCAUCCCACAUAUCCCCUAUUCUCCAAGACCUACUUCUUCCCCAUAAAGACUCCUAUUCCCCUCAACCACAUCUUCCCAAAUCCACUUUCAAAUCCCGCAGCCGAAUCGGCCGGUCCCGCGACCCGAAUCGCGGGAAGCCAUGGUCGCACCACCGUCUCUCUACUCAAGGUCAGCGAAUUCACGAUUCUUUACUUCACCCCGAAUUCGAUGCCUCCUCGUUGAAUGAAAUUUUGCUUCAAUUGUUUGAAACCAGUCCCGAAGGACUUAAUUUCACCUCCGAGUCUGUUUCCUUAGACAUUUCGGCGAUAAUCAAAGGGUUAGUGUUUAACAAGAAGAAUGAAUUGGCCUUGCGUGUGUUUGAUUUUGUUCGCAAUCGGGAGGAUUUUGCUUCCAUUUUGAGUAGCUCUGUGAUUGCUGUGAUUAUUAGUGUACUUGGUAAAGAGGGUCGGGCUUCUUCUGCUUCUUCUUUGCUUCAUGAGCUUCGAAAUGAUGGAGUUAAUAUAGAUAUUUAUGCUUAUACUUCUUUGAUAACUGCUUAUGCUAAUAAUGGGAGGUAUAGAGAGGCUGUGAUGGUGUUUAAGAAACUGGAAGAAGAAGGUUGUAGACCAACUUUAAUCACUUAUAAUGUUAUCUUGAAUGUCUAUGGGAAAAUGGGAAUGCCUUGGAGUAAGAUUGCUGCUCUUGUUGAUAGUAUGAAGAGUUCCGGGAUUGCCCCGGAUUCGUAUACGUAUAAUACGCUUAUUAGUAGUUGUCGUCGGGGGUCAUUGUAUGAAGAAGCUGCAGAGGUGUUUGAGGAGAUGAAAGCAGCUGGGUUUAGUCCUGAUAAGGUUACUUACAAUGCAUUGUUAGAUGUGUAUGGGAAGUCUCGGCGGCCAAAGGAAGCCAUGGAGGUUUUGAAGGAGAUGGAAGCGGGGGGGUUUGCGCCUAGUAUUGUUACUUACAAUUCGUUGAUAUCGGCUUAUGCGCGGGGUGGUUUGUUAGACGAAGCUAUGGAGCUAAAAACACAGAUGGUGGAGAAGGGGAUUAAGCCUGAUGUUUUUACUUACACCACAUUGUUGUCUGGUUUUGAGAAGACGGGAAAGGACGACUAUGCGAUGAGAGUAUUUGAGGAGAUGAGAGCUGCGGGGUGCCAAGCAAAUAUAUGCACGUUCAAUGCGUUGAUUAAGAUGCACGGUAACAGGGGUAAUUUCGAGGAGAUGAUGAAGGUUUUCAAAGAAAUUAAGAGAUGUGAGUGUGUGCCUGAUAUUGUUACCUGGAACACACUUUUGGCAGUGUUUGGACAAAAUGGUAUGGAUUCUGAAGUCUCAGGAGUAUUCAGAGAGAUGAAGAGGGCAGGUUUUGUGCCUGAGAGGGACACUUUUAACACUCUCAUGAGUGCCUAUAGCAGGUGUGGUUCUUUUGAUCAAGCAAUGACUAUCUAUAGAAGAAUGUUGGAUGCCGGGGUGACUCCCGAUCUGUCGACUUACAAUGCUGUUUUGGCAGCGUUGGCUCGGGGAGGCCUUUGGGAGCAGGCGGAGAAAGUUCUUGCCGAAAUGAAGGGUGGUAGGUGUAAACCAAAUGAUUUAACGUACUGUUCUUUACUUCAUGCUUAUGCCAAUGGCAAAGAGAUCGAGCGGAUGUCUGCACUUGCUGAGGAGAUCUAUUCCGGCGAUAUUGAACCUCAAGCUGUGCUUUUGAAGACACUGGUUUUGGUUUAUAGUAAAAGCGAUCUCUUGACGGAGACAGAACGUGCUUUCUUAGAACUAAGGAAACAAGGUUAUUCACCCGAUAUAACGACUCUAAACGCUAUGGUUUCUAUUUAUGGUAGGAGAAGGAUGGUUUCAAAGACGAACGAAAUUUUGAACUUCAUAAACGACAGCGGCUUCACUCCAAGCUUAACAACAUACAAUAGCUUAAUGUACAUGUACAGUCGUACCGAGCACUUUGAGAAGUCAGAGGAAGUCCUAAGGGAAAUUAUUGGUAAAGGAAUGAAGCCCGAUAUCAUUUCAUUUAAUACCGUUAUUUUCGCCUACUGCCGAAAUGGUCGAAUGAAAGAGGCCUCGCGGAUAUUUGCAGAGAUGAAGGACUUCGGGAUCGUCCCUGAUGUAAUUACGUAUAAUACCUUCAUUUCAUGCUAUGCAGCUGAUUCCAUGUUUGUAGAUGCGAUUGACGUGGUGAGGUAUAUGAUCAAGAAUGGAUGUAGGCCGAAUCAGAACACAUACAACUCUCUAGUAGAUUGGUUCUGUAAACUAAAUCGUCGGGACGAGGCAAGUAGUUUCGUCUCCAACCUUCGCAAUCUCGACCCACACAUAACUAAAGAAGAAGAAUGCAGGUUGCAGGAGCGUCUAAGUAAGAAAUGGUCAUAGCGAUGAACAUUGCAGCUUGCAUCGUGGGAGAUGCCUACUUCAGACCCGAAAGAACCGAACCGCUCAAUCGGGGUGCGGAAGGUCAACUAUGGAAGAUUCCUACUCUUUCCAUGCUCUUUUAUGGCUUUGUAGGAAGACCUGAUGCUACACUAGACUGGAAACUUGGUGCUCAUCGUGGAGGGAUCAGCAUAAUUAUAUCCAUAUUCUGUAUAAAAGAAGUGUGGAAGCACCAGCGUUAACAUCUGUAAGUAAAAUCAUAGCUCUUUUUCUAAGAAUUAUAUACUCUUAAUAUCUUGUCAGAUGAUACCAUGUCUGGUUGAUUGUGUUGAUA